AUGCCUCUGUCGCUCAGCAUUGACCCCGACCAGCUCAUCGAGAAAGCCCAAGAUGAGGAGAGCUCGCACCUAAUGAGCCUUGCCCGCGGCGACAGCAUCGCGCACUCGUUCUACAGCGGUGCGCACGCCGGCCGCUACGCCACGGCGCCGGUACCCAAGUACCAUCUGCCCGACACGGGUGUGUCGGAGGAGGCCACCUACCAGCUGCUCAAGGAUGAGCUGCUGCUGGAUGGCAAGCCGAGCCUGAACCUGGCCUCGUUCGUGCACACCUGGAUGCCCGACCGUGCGACGCAGCUCAUGACCGAGACGAUUGGCAUCAAUCUGUGUGACCAGGACGAGUACCCCGCGACGAUGGCGGUCCAUGCGCGCUGUAUUUCGAUCCUCUCGAACCUGUGGAAGGCGCCGAAAGACACCUCGAAGGACGGCAAGCGCCUCGCUGCGAUGGGCACGGCGACGACCGGUUCGUCGGAGGCCAUCAUGCUGGGCCUGCUCGCCGCCAAGCGCCGCUGGCAGCACAAGCGCAAGGCCGAAGGCAAGGACAUCCACAACCCUGGCCCCAACCUGGUCUUUGGCUCGAACGUGCAGGUGGCCGUGGAGAAGUUUGCGCGCUACUUUGAGGUCGAGGAGCGCCCGGUCGACAUUGACGAGUCGACGCACUACUGCCUCGACGCGAAGCGCGCCAUGGAGAAGGUCGACGAGAAUACGAUCGCGGUCGUCGUCAUCCUCGGCUCGACCUACACCGGCCACUACGAGCCGGUGGAGGAAGUGGCGAAGGAGCUCGACGAGUACGAGAAAAAGACGGGGCACAACAUCCCGAUCCACGUCGACGGUGCGUCGGGCGCGAUGGUCGCUCCGUUCGCCACGCCCGACCACAAGUGGUCGUUCGACAUUGAGCGUGUCGCCUCGAUCAACACGUCCGGCCACAAGUUCGGUAUGGUGUACCCCGGUGUCGGCUGGAUCGUCUUCCGCUCCGCGGACCUAGUACCGGACGAGCUGGUGUUUGAGCUGCAUUACCUCGGCUCGGUCGAGUACUCCUUCGGCCUGAACUUCUCGCGCCCCGCCGCGCCGGUGCUGGGCCAGAUGUUCAACUUUAUCAACCUCGGCCACGAGGGAUACCGCGACACGAUGAACAACAACCUGAAGAAUGCGCGUCUCUUGUCGCGUGCGCUCGAGAUCAGCGGCCUGUUCCUCGUGAUCUCGGACAUCCACCGCCCGGUCAGCAAGGUCGCCGAGGCCGGCUUCAAGACGCACACGGUCAACGAGGGCGAUGCGGUGAACUACGUGCCAGGCCUGCCCGUCGUCGCCUUCCGCUGGACCGACGAGUUCAAGGAGCGCAACCCCAAGCUCGAGCAGCGCUGGGUCCAGGUCCUGCUGCGCGCCAAGGGCUGGAUUGUGCCGAACUAUGAGCUGUCGCCCAGCCUGCAGCACGUCCAGAUUCUGCGUGUCGUCGUGCGUGACAGCAUGACCGAGAGCAUGGUCGACGCGCUCGUGCACGACAUCAUCACCAUCACUCGUCAGCUCGAGGGCAACGCGGACUCGAUCCCGGUGCACCUGGCCGCCGACGACAACACCGCCGAGUCGUCGAGCAGCCGUCACCACCCCGCGCUGAAGAAGCGCAACGACGCGCACCACGGUCGCCCAGAAGGCAAGGGCGACAAGGGCCGCGGAUUCAGCAGCCAGUGCUAG